CCUGCCGCGCACCUCCAUCAUCGACAAGAUCCGCAGCGACUUUUGCAACAAGCAGAGCGACAGGUGCGUGUCUCUGUGCGACCCACUGAAGGAGUCGUCGCGCUCGCAGGAGUCCUGGAGCUCGUUCCUCACGAAGCUGCGCACGCUGCUGCUCAUGUCCUUCACCAGGAAUCUGGGCCGCUUCGAGGACGACAUGAGGACGCUGCGAGAGAAACGCACCGAGCCCGGCUGGAGCUUCUGCGACUACUUCAUGGUGCAGGUGUGUGAUUGGCUGAGGGAGCUGUCAAUCAGAGCGGUGGGUUGUUCUUCAGCUGUGCAUCUGUGUGUUGAUCAGGAGGAGCUGGCGUUUGUGUUCGAGAUGCUGCAGCAGUUUGAAGACGCUCUGGUCCAGUAUGAUGAACUCGACGCUCUUUUCACACAGUAUGUGCUCAACUUCGGCGCUGGAGACGGAGCUAACUGGCUGGGCUCGUUCUGUCAGCCGGUGCGCAGCUGGAACGGGCUGCUGCUGCGGCGGCCCAUCGACAUGGAGAAGCGUGACCUGAUCCAGAGAGGAGAGGCCAGUCUGCUGGACCUGCGCAGCUACCUGUUCUCCCGCCAGUGUACGCUGCUCAUCUUCCUGCAGAGACCCUGGGAGGUGACGGCCCGCGCGCUCGAGCUGCUGCACAACUGCGUGCAAGAGCUGCAGCUGCUGGAGGUGUCUGUGGAGAGCGGCGCUCUGGACUGCUGGGUGUUUCUCAGCUCUCUGGAGGUCCUGCACCGGAUCGAGGGCUGCUGCGACCGCAGCCAACUAGAGGCUAACUGCUCCCACACCGUGGGCCUGUGGACCUACGCCACGGAGAAGCUGAGGUCUCUGGGUGAUCUGUGUGGUCUGGUGUCUGAGAACGGCCCGGACUCUGAGGACCUGAACAAAACCGUCGACCUGCUGGCUGGUCUGGGAGCAGAGAGACCCGAAACGAUCAACAGUCCUCAGAGUCCCUAUAAGAAGCUGAAGGAGGCGCUAUCGUCCGUGGAGGCCUUUGAGAAACACUAUCUGGAGCUGUCUCACGCCGCUAUGGAGAUGUACAGAGUGAUCGGGCGGCUGCGCUCGGCCCGGCUGGUGGGGAAGAGUCUGGCUGAGUUCUACAUGUGGCUCCUCUGCUUCGCGUGUUUUCUGUCUUGUGCGUGUGGUUUCUUUGACCGUGUGUGUAGAUACCUGCAGACGAGCGCUCUGCUCGCCAGCGACACCAACCUGAGCGAUGAAGAGAGGAGACACUUCUGCCAGGAGAUCCUGACCUUUGCCAGGCAGACCGCAGAGGGCAAAGGUCAACAGAAAGAUGCGCGUGUGGCUCUGAGCAUGAGCUCCUUCACUCGGCUGCAGGAGCUGCGUUUCCGUCCGUCCUCGGCGCUGGUGCAUGUGAGCGCCGCCCUGCAGCUGGAGCUGCGUCUCUGCAGUCUGAUGCCCGUUCCUGUGACGCUGGAGCAGAUCUCCGCCAGCAUACACUUCACACAGGAGCAGCCGGGCUCCACGGCUCAGAAACGAGCCGCUCAGAACCCAGACGGCACCGUUACCUUCCCCGCAGCCAGCCCUGCGUCUGCGUCUGCGUCUGCGCUGGAGCUCUGCGAGAUCCUGGAGCACAGUCCAUCUGAUAACGCGCUGAGCUCCGCCGGCGUGGCCUGCAGGAACAUGCACCUGCUGAUGCGUCGCCAUGACAGCACCGCGUCUCUGGACACGCCCAACACCGCGCCAGCCGUCGCUAUGGAGGAUGCGGCGCAGAUGCUGAGGGCCAGUGAUGUCACUCUGUUGCCUGGCAACAACAGCAUCGUCUUCACCGCACCAAGUCAGAAGCCGGGCUCGUAUACUCUCCGGCAGCUGUGUGCGACGCUGGGCUGCGUGCAGUUCAUUCUGCCCCAUAUUUACCCUGUGGUUCAGUAUGAGGUUUACUCACAGGAGCCUCAGCUCAGCAUCCAGCCGCUCACAGGUCAUAACACUGACUCCAUGCCUGUGCUUCACUCGUCCACAUGCAGCGCCCGCAUCCUCAGCAGCAGCGCAGAGCUGCUGGCUGAAAGCGCUCUGUCCAUCCAGUCGUCUGAGAAGGUGACGAGCAUCUCUCUUCCUGUGACGCCGCCGUAUCACACGCUGGAGUUCCUGCUGGAGGUUCUGUGUCAUAUCCCAUCAUGCCCUGCGCGGAUGGAGAGCGAGCGCCUCACUAACGGACAGAUCAGUCGCCGCAGCCGAACGCGCUUCAACAGCGGCAUGACCCUCAUCGACCAGAAGGUGUCUGUCGACUGUCCCUGGUCCAUUUACUCCACGCUGGUCUCUCUGACCUUCCACGUGCCCUUCACAAUCAAACACUCGCUGCUGUCUGCAGGACGGAGGAAGUUCAUCCAGGUUUGUCUUCGGAAUGUAUCAGACACUAACUUUCGCCUGACCAAUCAGACGCUGACUGAGAAUCAACACACACCGUCACUGGAGCUGUGCUCUCUCAACACUAGAACACACAGCCUGGUCUUCAGGCAGCAGUGUGUGUUCAGCGUGUGGGAGCUGCGGUGGAGCGGUGUGUCGCCCGUCUCUGUGCACUGCGAGUUCUCAGCCGCUUUCGCUCCUGCAGACGCUCCGGACGCGGCACUCAAACUCUACAGAUACGACUUCACUCUGGAACGAGUUUCAACGCUGUACAGUGUGCGAGCAGAGAUCCGGCCGGCGGUGGGAGAGCAGCAGUGUUGCACCGGUUCUCUCUGCAGGCUGGAGGUGUCUCUGACACGUCUCUCUGAAGCCAGCGACUCAGACGAGGAGUACAGCGAGACAGACGGCCUGCGCAGCAGCAGACUCCUGUAUGAAGUGAUUGACAACAGCAGUAACUGGGCGGUGUGCGGGAAGAGUUCAGGGGUCGUCUCCAUGCCGGUGGCUGCCAUGGCGACACACAAGGUUCACAUGGAGGUCAUGCCUCUGUUCGCGGGUCACCUGCUCGUCCCCAGCAUCCGUGUGUUCAAGUACCAGCCGCGCCUCGCCAGCCCCGUCAUCCAGCCGGACACCGACUCGUGUCUGGAGAACGACAGUCUGUCUCUGGAGGAUCAGGCGGAGACGGCGAGUCUGCGCAGCCGAGGCAGUGUCCAGUCUCUGGGCAGCGGAGAGUCUGCGCAGCCGCGGGGCCCGAUGCCCAAACGCCAGGCUUUCGGCCCCGGACAGGUGUUCAGCGGCACACAGGGCCAGCAGGUGUUAGUGCUGCCCGCCGCUGACCAUCACCUGAUGGAGGUCAACGUCACAUGACACGAAUCACUGGAGCCUGAGACUCGCCUCCAAUCACGCACCUCAUGAGACACGCUGGACCCGGUGUCUCUCAGACAUCCCAUAAUGCCUUGCAGCCCCUCCUCUGUGUGCUCAGGUUUCCAGGGAAACGACAUCUUUGAUGCUACAUCGGUGCUUUAUUGACUCGGACACGCCCCUUCCUGCUGAUGUCACAGGAUUGAUGAUGACCAUCGUGACAAUAAAUGUCGUUUUUGUUUCAUGCAUAUGAAGAACAGUCAUAUUUCACUCCAUUUUAGACAUUAUUUUCAUGAUAAUUAAAAUCAUGAAAAAAAAAUGUAAGCACACAUCAGUGGCUGUAUUUGUUAUAAUGUCCAAAACUGAACACAUGGUUUUCAUAAUUAUAUUCAUGCAA